UUCUGAAUUCUUUCGAUUAGUUUUAUUGUUUCGUCAACUGAGACACAAUAAUAUUAUUGAUAAGUUUGUAGAAUUCUAAGCUAUUCCAUUUGGACAAUGAGUACGGCACGUUUUGCCCGUUCGGGGCGCGUUAGGAUCUGUAUUCUGAUGAGCAUGUUUGUUGUCGUCAUUAUGAUGAUUGUCAUUUACCACAUGUCCCAACAGCAACUUGACGAGACCAGAGUUUUCCGCCUGCACUGCGAACAAAAACAGGAGGAAUUGAGCUUAAGGCUGCAAUCACUCACGGAAAACAAACAAGCAGCAGAGAAAAAUGUGGAGUUAUUACGUGCUGAAAAGCAAAGCAUACAGGAUGACUAUGAAAAGCAACAGGAUGUGGAGAGAACGCUUCAGCAGAAGUACGAUGUGCAAGUCAAUAGGUACAAAGUACUCGAGGCCAAGCAUAACGAAUUGCUAACUGAAAGUGAAAAAAUCAAAAAGAAGCACAUUGAAGACACAACUACGUUGCUCGAACAGCUGCAAAAGCUGCAACAGAACAACAAACAGCAGGAGGCAACCAUCUGGAAGGAAAAGUACGAAACAUUGUUGAAAGAAUCUGAGCACAAAACGCAUACACUAGAGCAAGCGCUUGAAAAACUGAAUGCUCAGUGUAAAUCGGGGGCUCCGGCGCAGGCACAGACACAACCAAAACAACAGCUUGUUAAGCCAAUUGACUCCCUGACUGCCGACACAACGUCCGGUCGUCAGUCAAGUCCAGCCCAACCGGCGCACAGCAUUGAGAAGCCGCGCAACAACAAGUCCUUCAACGAGCAAGUACAAGUGAGUCAAGGGCUGUAUAGAAUCGGUAUCGCCAAGCCCAGCCAGGCAACUAACACAACAACUAAAUCCCAUGGUGUCGGUACGGAGCAGCGGCAGGAACUGCAACGGCAACUGCAACAACAGCAACCAUUGCAGCGCUUCGAUGUGCGCAACAAUCAUAGCCUCAUACUAAACUCUGUUGAAAAUUUUCAGAUGGUCCCCAAAGCGCUUAAAACGGUUGCUGAUGAAACAAACAAACAGCAGCAAGAACAGCCCGAGUUAGCUGCAGCUGGUUCAGCUGUUUCGCCACUGAGUGCACCGCGAAAAUCUAACUCUAGUACUCCAAAUUCCGAAGUAUCACCAAACGCUUCUGUUGCGCCCAAGGCAUUAGGAAGCAGCAGUAGUGGUCAGCCGCCAUUGGUCAUGCCACCAGCGAAACCAUCCGCUGAAGUCAAGGUUGAACGUAAGCUGCCGGAGAAUGUUGCACCCAUUCCAGAUAACUUCGAUGGCAAAGCCGAUGGAGCUGCAGACGUAGAUACGGCAGCCGAAGAGCUGCCCAAAAACGAGAAUAAUAAUCGGUAUUCCAAUGUCGUGAACGAUAUGGAGACUAACAAAAAUCAAGGAGCACUUGAUUCUGGAGCGCAUGAAGUGAAAGAUGCGCUAAACGAGCAGAACUUCAAUUUACCUGGCGCCGGGCACAAUUUAUUUGAUGGUGACCUCGCUGGUGCACAUGGAGCUGAAGCGGAUAACAAAAUGCUCGCCGCAGAUGCAGCCGCUGUUGGCGGUGGUGGCGGCGAUGACGAUGACGACGUCAUUCUUGGAGAUGUAGCUGUGAAGCAGCCGCAGCAUUUGCUGGAGAAUGACAAUUUAAACAAUGAAAUCGCCGGUGAUCAGGGCAAGGAAUUUGGUGAGGCUGUUCAUCUGGACGAUGGCAUGGAUGAAGAUCAAGACGAGGAUGAUUACAACGUGCCGGCACGCAAGCCGGGCGCAGAUUCGCCCGUUAGAAAUUAGAUGAUUCACUAUAGAUUUAAUAAUGGCUUACGAUAGUAUUUAAUUAUGGCAUCUCUCUGACAGUCUUGGUUAGUUCUUUUUGAUAAAGAAGAGAAGAAGACAAACACCAGCCACUUUAGUUAAGAUUCAGUCCCUUUUAUAUUGAUACAAUUUGCUGAAAAACUACGAGUUCACAAUCGCUGGUAUAUAUUGCAGAACUUGUUUUAGUUAAUAACAAAUUAAUUCAAAAGUUUUAGUUUAACCAUUUUAGUAUUUGAACCUACAAUACAAUUGGCUUAAAUCAUGUCACUAAACAUGAAAUUUUGAAAAUCUUGUUUUAAUGUACCCCACACACUGUUUUAAACCUUUUAUAUUAAACACAACAUUUUUAAAAAUCCAUAUGAUGUGACAAAUAAAUGAAAACUCUAAUAGCUAAGCCAAUUAUAUUGUAUAUAAGCAAACAGAUACAUUGUUUAAUUAAAGUUUGCAGUUGAUUCUUUAAUGGUGUUCAGUUUAACGAAUAUAACUAAAAUAUUCAAUGCUCUAUAAUGGAUUUUGAGGCGUUUUAUAUUAAAUUAGCUGCGCUUUUUUCCCCACUUGUAACUCAAUAGUUCUCUUGAAGUUGUAAGUAUAUACUUUGUUUUCUGUGAUAAAAACUUGCUAAGCUGCAUUUUUUGGUUGCUUUAAACAAAUUGCGUCUAUACUGAUUUAUAUAUGUACUAGGAUAUGCUAAGUCCCUCAAAUAAUAAUUUAAUAAGCCCAUAUGUAAAAGUAGAUCGAACAAAAUGUGUCUAUAAAUUAAAUGAAACUCAGAAAUUUUAUUUAAAGCAAAAUGAAUAUAAAUUGCAUAAAUGUUAA